AUGGCCACUCUCAGUCCGGAUCCUCUUCCGCGCGAGCCUGGCGAGCUCCUCAAGCUCGGGCUCUCGCUCAUCGAGCGCGCCUACGACGAACGCGCGCGAGGCCUCGAGGCGGAGACCGCUCGGCUGCGCGCCUUCAGCGCGGAGAGCGAGGGCCGCGUGACGGCGCUGCAGCAGCGGGUGUCAGAGCUGGAGGCGCAGCUCCGUAGCGGCGCCGCCGAGAACGCCUCGCUCGUCUCCGAGCGCGCCUCGCUCGCCGCCGAGAACCGUUCGCUGCAGGAGCGGCUCGACAAGGCGGGCCAAUUCAAGCGCGCAAUCAUGUCGAUCGCGGCGACGAACGGAGUGGCGGACGAGGAGCCGCCGCCGCCCAACGGGGCCUCCCACAGCGGUGGCGGCGGCGUUGGUACCGGGUGCAGAGGCAAGGAGUUCUUCCGUGCGGCGCGGCUGCGGCUGUCGUACGAGCAGUUCUCCGCCUUCCUCGCCUCAAUCAAGAGACUGAACGACCACGCGCAGACGAGAGAGGAGACGGUGAGUCAGGCGGGCGCCAUCUUUGGCACGGAGCACCGCGACUUGUGGCUCGCCUUCCAGGGAUUGCUCAACAGGCAUGGGCUGACGUGAGAGCUAGGCCGCGCCGCGUCGGACUCGCUUUGCUUUGCGUUCUCCCCACAAACGGGGCCCCGUCCCCCGGUUUUUGGCACGCACCACGUGCAGAGUUGCACUUGUAGUACGGUGCAUGUGGGAAGAAAUAGUACGAUGUGCAAAA